GAAUGCAUCCUGUAUACUAAGACCUGAGGAUAUAAUAGUGAACAGAAACCAGACACCAACCUUGCCCUUAUGGAGCUCAUAAUCUAGUGUUAAUCUAGUCAUUAACAAAAGAAUCACAUAUAUAAUUGCCAGUGUGCCAAGUGAUUCAAAAGGAGGGUAUCUGAUGGUUAUAAGAACAUAAAAUAGAGCUGAGAACAAAUGAAGAGGCCAAAGAAGUGGGGAGACCAUUUGAAUGCCUGCUGCAGUUUAACUGACAAGAUUGUAGUUAGGGCUACAGUGGGAAUAUUGGUGCUGGAGGAAAUAGAUUUGAGAUGUCCACCUCAGAUCCCUUAUUUCUCAGGGGACAGAAGAAAGGUGGACCAAGACCAAACUUUGAUAACAGGUGGAUCUUAGGGGAACCCUUUACUUUGAGCUUAAACAUAAGCAGCGGGAUUUUCUCUCGUUUUGCGUAUGUGUGUGUGCAUGUGUACAAUUUAUUGAAGCCCCACUGUGUGCUAGUACCAACACUGUCAUAUUUAAACCAUAUAAUCCUGUGAGGUAGAUGUCACCACCAUUUUCAAAGAUGAGUCUUGUGAAAUGUAAGUGAUAUGCCCCAAACCGCAGGAUUUGAGUUAGGAUUGAAUCCCAGGUCUGUGCAUUGAAAGAUGAAUUUGCUUCAUUCCAUCAAGUUAUGGCCCAGGGCUUUUGAUGUCCUGAAUCCACUGUCCUUCCUCCAGACUAGUUUUUAAUUUUGCAGCUAUAAGGAGGGCCCUUUAAGCCUCCAUUGUCCGAGGGAGAAGCUGAACCCUGCUAGAACUGCAGCUGUAAAUCCUCGGUCCAGAACUAGAGCGAGAACGUUGUUUCCCAUCGGAAGGAGAAAAAAAAACACGGAACUCGGAAGUUGCGUGUCUCCCUCGGCGUCGGCCUUCCUGACCCGGUGAGGCCGCAGUUGCCCUUCCCCAAGAUGGCGUCGAAGAUAGGUUCGCGAAGGUGGAUGCUGCAGCUGAUCAUGCAGUUGGGUUCAGUGUUGCUCACACGCUGCCCUUUCUGGAGCUGCUUCAGUCAGCUCAUGUUGUAUGCUGAGAGGGCCGAGGCGCGCCGGAAGCCCGACAUCCCAGUGCCCUACCUGUACUUCGACAUGGGGGCAGCAGUGUUGUGCGCUAGCUUCAUGUCCUUUGGAGUGAAGCGGCGCUGGUUCGCGCUUGGGGCCGCACUCCAGCUGGCCAUUAGCACCUACGCCGCCUACAUCGGGGGCCACGUACACUACGCGGACUGGCUGAAGGUCCGUAUGUACUCACGCACAGUUGCCAUCAUUGGUGGCUUUCUUGUGCUGGCCAGCGGCGCUGGGGAGCUGUACCGACGGAAACCCCGCAGCCGCUCCCUCCAGUCUACCGGCCAGGUGUUCCUGGGCAUCUACCUCAUCUGUGUGGCCUACUCACUGCAGCACAGCAAGGAGGACCGGCUGGCAUACCUGAACCAUCUCCCAGGAGGGGAGCUGAUGGUCCAGCUGUUCUUCAUAUUGUACGGUGUCCUGGCCCUGGCCUUCCUGUCAGGCUACUACGUGACCCUGGCUUCCCAAAUCCUGGCUGUACUGCUGCCCCCAGUCAUGCUGCUUAUUGAUGGCAACGUUGCCUACUGGCACAACACGCGACGCGUUGAGUUCUGGAACCAAAUGAAGCUCCUUGGAGAGAGUGUGGGCAUCUUCGGGGCUGCUAUCAUCCUGGCCACUGAUGGCUGAGUUGCAUGGCAAGAGGGUGAGAUGGGUGCAGGGAACCACAAGUUCACCCUGCCUUCCUCCUUGCUGGCCCAGUUAUGUUUGUUUAUGUUUUUUGGUCUGUUUGAUUCUUUGCUUUUUGUGUAUUGGUUAAGAGGCAGGUUUCUUCCCCAGGUCCUGGGCUCAGCCCUUGUGGGGUGGGACCUCUGAUGAUGCCUUGCAGGGUUGUUUUUUUUUCUCCUGUUUGUUAGGAGAGAACAGGAAGCCAGCUGCUCCCCUGGGUCUUCUGUCCCAGAGAAGGGAGUGUGGCAGUGCUAGGGCAGGGGUACUGAGAGUGGGAGACUGAGGAAGGAAGACCAAGAACCCCACGUGAGCAGACAUGGAAAUUCCUUUUUGAACCUGGCAGAUGUAGCUAGGCUCUGCAGUGCUGCUUGGAGGCUGAGAGUGAGUAUGUGAUUGACAAAUGGAUCAGACUCAGGAGGAACAGAGGGGCUGGGCACCACAGAAGUCAUGUGGGUUCUCAGGGUAUGCCAGGGACAGAAACAGCACUAGCUGCUGCCCACCUCGAGAGUAGAGCGGGCCCCAGUCUACUCGGGUGUGCAGGGGUGGGGCAGGUAGUGGCCAGCUUCCUGCCUCCUGCCUCCUGCUUCUAACUCCAUGGUUGGCCUGGUGGGGCUGAGGGCUCUCCCAAACACCAGACCACACAGUCCUCCAAAAAUAAACAUUUUAUAUAGUCA